AUGGUGAAUGCUUGUCAGAUGUUUGAAGAUGGGAAGGAUGAUUCAGUCUUUCUGGAAACACGUGAAGAACUGGAAGAAUUCCAGGAGGGAAGCAGGGAGCUUGAGGCUGAAUUGGAAGCACAGUUGGAACAGGCAGAGCACAGAAAUAGAGACUUAGUAUCUGACAACCAAAGACUAAAACUGGAUUUGGAAUUAUUAAAGGAGAAACUUGAACAACAAUAUGCACAGAGUUAUAAACAGAUAUCUAUGCUAGAAGAUGACUUGGGUCAAACGAGAGGUAUCAAAGAUCAGCUGCAUAAAUACGUUAGAGAAUUGGAGCAGGCAAAUGAUGAUUUAGAACGAGCCAAAAGGGCUACCAUAGUAUCAUUAGAGGACUUUGAACAGCGGCUGAAUCAAGCAAUUGAAAGAAAUGCAUUUUUAGAAAGUGAACUUGAUGAGAAGGAGUCACUUCUUGUUUCUGUUCAAAGGUUAAAGGAUGAAGCCCGAGAUCUGCGUCAAGAGUUAGCUGUCAGGGAAAGGCAGGAAGUGACAAGAAAAUCUGCCCCUAGUUCACCAACGCUAGAGUGUGAGAAGAUGGAUACAGCUGUUCAAGCGUCCCUUUCUCUACCAGCCACGCCUGUAGGAAGAACUGCCGGCAAUGGAUUUGCUUCACCCAAAGCUAUACCAAAUGGCUAUGGUGCAACACCAUUAACUCCAUCAGCAAGAAUAUCUGCACUAAAUAUUGUUGGGGAUCUUUUAAGAAAAGUAGGGGCCUUAGAAUCAAAAUUAGCAGCAUGCAGAAAUUUUGCAAAGGACCAAGCAACAAGAAAAAGUUACAGUUCAGGGAAUGGCAAUGGCACCUCUGCUAUGGUCAACAGUGCAAAGUUUUCUAAUUCAGGUCUUGCAACAUAUUUUGACAAAGGAAAAGAGAGAGUCUUUUUCACCAAGUUUAUCAUGGGGUAGUAAAUGGUCUAGAACAAGGACCUGUAGGAAUUGGAUCAGCACCACCACCUUCACCACCAGGCUUGCUGCCACUCAGUGUCUG